UGUCUACCAGACUACCACUCCAAAUGAAAACUCUUUGACACCUGUCUACCACUCUAAAUGUCACUAUUUUUGUCUUGGCCUCACUUUCUCUACUUCUCACUUGUUGUCAGUGCUUCCUUCUUCUCUUAAUCUGCUCAUUCAGGUGGCCAGCCCUUGCUAUUUGGAGAAGACAAGUCAGGGUUUUUUUUAAUUAAGUUAAAGCAUGAUAAAACGAUUUCCAAGUAGGAACUAUAGGUCCAAAGGCAUCAAGGUAAAACAUAUUCUGCAAAUUAUUCUGUUGCUCGGUGUUUGCUUCUGGUUGAUCUACCAGGUUAAGCACAAUCAUGAUAAGAAGAAAGAAUUUGUCGAGAACGAUGCAAAACUGUCCGUCAGAACACAGACUGAUCAGAUUCUUCAACUUGGUAGAAAGGGCCUUCAUCCAGUUAGAGAUGAAGUAAAUCAGAAUAAAAAGCAUGGGGAAGAAGAGGAAGAUGAACAUAUUGUAGAGAAUGAAGAAAAUAAACAUGAACAUGAUGACCAAGAAGAAGGAAACAAGCAUGAAACUGAAGAAAGUGAAGACAACAAGCAUGGAGGGAGAGAACAAGGGGAAGAAGAAAAUAAUCAUGGAGCAGAAGAACAGGAGGAAGAUGAAAAUCAAAGUGAAGAUAUGGAAGAUCAAGGAAGAGGAGGAGAUGGUGAUAUAGAUGAAAAUGAUGAAGAGAAAUCAGAGGUAGAUAUUGAUCGUGGUGAUGAGUUCAUAGAUGAAGAGAAAGAGAAAGAAGAAGAGGGUGAUGACAAGGAGAACGAAAAAAGGGAGGAUGAGGAAAAAGGGGGUUUAGCUGAAAAUCACAACAACAAUCAUGAGGCUCGGGAGGAGAAUUACAAGGGGGAUGAUGCUUCUAGUGCUGUGGCUCAUGACACUCAUGCAACUAGCACUGAAACUGAGACAUUUCGUUUGGAAAACUCUGAUGCAAACUUAGAAAUGAAUAUCACAAAAUCAGAAAACGAAACAACUUAUUCAGAUGAAAGUAACAGGAAUCAAAAUGAUUCAGACGUUAAGGUUACAGAAGGUGAAGUGAUGGGCGAGAUUUCUUCAAAUGCAACUGCUGGUAAAGAGACUGGAAAUAACAGUUUGUUCAACCUUGUUGAUAGCUCAUAUCUAAAUAAAACAGCCACAACCAGUAACCUGACAGUAGCGAUUACUGAAGCAGCCGGUGCCAACACUUCAACCUCAUCUGAACAGAACAAAACGGUGAUAUUAUCUGAAUCUGACCAUGCUCAAAAUACCACAAUGAACACAACGAUCACUGGAGAUGUAAAAAAUGUGCAAAAAGAGGGAUUAGAGCAGAGUAGCAAUAGAAUUUCUGAAGAAAACCUCCCUGACACUAAUUCAACUGUCUCUGCUAAAACUGAAAAUGGUGAUGCAGCUGCAGGAGAAACUUCUUAUCCCGUGGCUGGUGAAUUAGAGAAGACAAUUAGAUUUGUAGCUUCAAAUGAAACUGAGAACACUUCUAAAAAUUUGGAUGGAAAUGAGAGCUCUUAUACCUCUGAAAGUGACAAGUCCGAAGGUAACACUGAAACGAGCGAGGCCAUUGAGUCAGUUGAACAUGAUGCCAUUGAUUCUUCUGAUACUCAUAUCCACGAGGAUGUGACCGAGGUUCGAACUGAUCUCGAUACAUUGCCAGAUAUUAGAAAUGAAGGAGAUAAUGAUGAUGAGACUGCAGCAGAGUAAUUUUGAAAGUUCAUAGUUGGGGUUAUCGAAAAGAGCUUUUUCAGUAAGUACAUGGCAGAUCCACAUAGUUGUUAGAACCGGUUUGCUUGACUCAAAAAUGUGUCAAGACAAGAUCAUCAGUGCUACAAAAAUAGUUUAGGGAAUAUUAAUAUGAUUAUAUCAAGUUCUGGAUAUGUAUGAUUUAUUUCUACGUUCCACUAUCUACUGCUAUUGUUUCCCCUAUUUUUGUUUGAACAUCUUGUUCUUUCCUAGUCUUCAUAUACUAGAGUGGAGUUGAUAUGUAAAAGGAGUGUUUA